AUGAAAAGAGCAAACCCUGCCCCCGACACUGCCGACGCGAAGCGGGCGUGUUUAUCGAUGGCCGACCGGGCAUCUAAGGUCGUCCAGGAGGCCGAUGUUGGCAUCACCACUUUCGUCAACGACGAGAAUCGGGCCAACGGCGGGUUCCUGGGGAUGAUUAAGGCGUUAUAUUCCGACUUCCAAGUCAACGAAAUCGGUCUCGACGGCGAAGUUGUCCACUUGACCGAUGAGGGCGUCGUGGUGCCCAAGAAGGAAAAGACGCCUACUGAAGCCGAUGCUGGUGCUAACGCUGGUAGUGGCGAUAAACUGGAAGUUAAAGAAGACAAGGACUCAUACACUCUUAACGAUGAGGAUCGGACCAGUCUUUUGGAGUUCAUCACCGCUGAAGAAUUGCAACAGGUCGAAGACCUCUUCUCUCUGGGCAACAAGAUGGAAACCACCACGACGUUCGACGACAAACAGCAGCGUACCAGUCUCCAUCAGUUGUUGCGUAAGGCGUUUGGCGGUAGACUCGAAACGGUGACGCUGGCGGAAAACACUUUCAAGAUCUGUCUUGCCCGUAAGGCGCCUAAGCGUCGUGGCCAGCCUCACGCUCAAGAAAGCAUGAGCCACGUCGACGAAAACGGCGUGCACAACUACGGUGCUGGUCCUUUCAAAAAGUACCUCCACUUCACCGUGUACAAGGAAAACCGGGAGACGAUGGAGAUCGCGCUGACGAUGUCUAAGCUUUUACACACGCCUAACAAGUUUAUCGGCUUUGCUGGUACUAAAGACCGUCGGGGGGUGACCACGCAACGGUUUUCUAUUCACAGAGGUAAGGUGUUGCGUGUCAAUGCCCUCAAUAAGGGGUUGAAGCAGACGGUGUUGGGUAACUUCAAAUACGAAGAUAAGGGGCUUGAGUUGGGUGAUCUUUCCGGUAACGAGUUUGUCAUUGCUAUUCGUGAUGUCAACCCUUGUAAUCCUGGUGCCGACAUUAAGCAGGUUGUCGAAAAGUGUUUCAACUCGUUGAAGGAGAAGGGUUUCAUCAACUACUACGGUUUGCAGAGAUUUGGGCUGUUUUCGAUUUCCACCCACCAGUUGGGGGUUCACGUCUUGCGCCUGGAGUGGAAGCAAGCGGCCGAGCUCAUUUUGAGCGAGCAAGAAGUGAUGGCUCCACUUUCCGUCGAAGCCCGUAAGAUUUGGGCUGAGACCCGUGACCCCAAGGCCACCCUCGAGAAAAUGCCCAACCGGUUCACCGCUGAAGUGCUGGUGCUCCGUCAAUUGGAAAAAGAGCAAGUUGACGACAAUGGUGAAUACAGCGCUCAAAGUUACUUCAAGGCGUUGAUGCAGAUCCCCAAGAACCUCAGAAUGAUGUACUCGCACGCUUACCAGUCGUACGUGUGGAACGUGGUGGCGCUGAAAAGAUUCGAACUUUUUGGGUUGGAAGUCAAGGCCGGUGACUUGGUGUAUGACAAUGAUGAACCCGUGGCAUCUGACGACGACUUCAAGGAGGAUGUGUUUCAAUCCAAAGACCCUCAGGUCAAGCACUUGACGGAGGAAGAUGUUGCUCUGGGUAAGUACACCAUCUACGAUGUUAUUUUGCCCACUCCUGGUUUCAGAAUCGAAUACCCGACCACGUUGUUGGACGUGUACAAGGAAGUCAUGGCCAAGGACCAAUUGGACCCGGAAAGCAUGGCUCGUAAUGUGAAGGAAUUCUCUCUUACUGGCUCGUACCGUCACGUCAUGGUAAAGCCCAAGAACAUGUCGUACAAUAUUGUCAAGUACAAAGAUAACACCACCCCUCUUGUCAAGACUGACUUGGAAUUGUUACGUGAAGGCGACGUUAAUGCCAGCCGUGUUAUCGAGUCCGAAGGUGACAAGACCGCGGUGGUGCUUAAAAUGCUGUUGGGUGUGUCGACCUACGCCACCAUGGCUUUGCGCGAGUUCAUGAAGAUUGAUACUCUGCGGUUCGGUUUCACUAAAGUCGACAAAGCGACUAAAUCUGAAGCCGAAGAGACUACCGAGACUACCGAGACUAAAUAA